GGAGGUCGCGCGCCGACGUUGCGCGCCUGCGUCAGACGCUGCUUCCGGCGCCUGACGUCAGGGUUGGCUGUAGCUUUAGCGCUAGCCACAAACGCUGCUAACAACAGAGGCUGGCGCGUGAGUCCAGAGCUGCGUGUUCUGUCGCCGCAUGUUUCAUCCAGGUCAACAGCUCGAUUACUUUCUGGCCAUGUGUUCCUUUGUCUCCAUGUUGUCUCGGGCGGGAAGUCUCCCGAGGCUGACGUGGACCGGCUGCCGAAGAAUGGGAAAUUAUACAUCGUCCACGACUGGGAGUCUGUCAGGCACAGCCUGCGUACAGUAUGUUCAGGAGGUGGUGUCACAGAACUGUGUCGUGAUAUUCUCCAAGACCACCUGUCCUUAUUGCAAAAUGGCCAAGAAUGUCUUCAAUGAAAUCGGUGCCAACUACAAAGUGGUCGAACUUGAUGAACACAAUGACGGGAGGAGACUGCAAGAGGCCUUAGCUCAGAUGACCGGUGCCAGAACGGUGCCGAGAGUCUUCAUUAAUGGAAACUGCAUCGGCGGAGGCUCAGACACCAAACAUCUCCACCAGCAGGGGAAGCUGGUGCCACUGAUCAAACAGUGUUCCCCCUGCUGCUCCAGCUCCGAGGGCUCAGCAAGCGGACAGUUCGCUAAAUGACUAACCGUUCUUGUAUUAUCCUUCAAUCCUGUAUUUAUUCAUUGUUUUCUCGAUCUGAUGCAACAUGUUUUACAUUGCUUGAGCAGGCCUGUUAUGUAUUUAUCAAAGUGCAUAGGAUGUUUCAUGUUUAAAACACAUAUGUUUUCAUGUAGGGAUGUUACAGUACUAUUAUUAAAGCUGCCAUGUUUUAAACACAGCCUGUGAAUAGGUGAACUACUUCAAAUCUCUUUUGUAUGGUUGUUUUUUUUAACCAUAUUACACUCACGAACAAGCACAACCUCUCGCAUCAAGCGUCAUCAAACAGUGAACACCACCAAGUAUUGACUCAUGUUCUGUUAAUGGAUUUUAAAGGGAAUUUCUCUGCGUCUUGUCGAACUGAAAUAACCGCAGAUUUGUUUUUUUUUAUGUUAUCAGCAUUUGAAACUUGAUAUCUAAUUAAAGAAAAUAAAUGUUGGUUAAUUGCAUAGACUGUAAAUGGAAAAAUAUAAAGUCGUUUUUUUUUUUUUUACAUGCUUGUCAAAACAUGUUCCAUUUCAGUGGCUGUGUGAUUAUUUUGUGUGUAAGGAAUCACGAUGCUGCUCGGUGUAAUGAAUAUUUAAAUGAAUGGGGAUGUUUAUGCAGAUGAAUCCUGUUUUUU